CUGUACUAUUUGGCUAUACUUGGCACAGACUCUUUGCAACUGUUGGCUAUCUCAAAAAACAACAUCUUUUGUUAGUAGUUCAAACGGUUUUCAGAUCCUUUAGGUUCUUACUUUUUUUUAUUUUACUGCCCACAUCUCCAUCUUUACUCUCAUUUUAGUUUCACGACACAUUCAGCUCGCUUUUCCAACUUUGGGCUCCCUGAGUCAUUUUGCUCUGUAACUGUGUGUAAUGGAAGUUGAUAUACCACAUCAGGAGAACAAAUAAAGUCAUUGUUAAUCAUUAAAAAAAAGAAUAUCACAGUAUAUGAUUAAUCAUGCAGCUCAGGCGCAAGGCUACAUUUUCUAAAGCUUUGCCAGUCUUUACCAUCUUAACAUACGAGGCAGAGUUGAAGCAAGUAUAUGGUCAAAUCACAGAAACAUCUCAAAUAUCAACCAGUCUGGAUUUCUUGCUAUGACAAAAUGCAUUACAGCUCACUUUCUUUUCAACUUUCAGUUUCUGUUUCCUGAUAAUGUCCCUGUAGCCUAGAUUAAGGUUUGUUGCUAAAGCACUGGGCCCUAGAGGCUCUGUCAGCCCUCUGCUAGAGAGCACUGCUCGACUGUGGGUGGAGCUUUCGCCUCCGCUGUGUAGUAGACUUUACUGUCCCCUCCUUUCACCUCGUGUGUGAUUUACUGCAUGCUGGAGUGUGUCCGUGUUUGUGCGUCUUAGAUAAACACUCUGCAUUGUCUUUUUUGAUACUGGAGGAAUGUAGAAAUAAUAGCCACAAGCUAGGCCACCCUGAAAAAUCAAUAUUGAUAAAGAAGGAGGGUGUUAAAGAGAACUGAGCCUGUCCUUCCUACACUCACUGAAUAAAAUGAAUAUCUCUUAUUUUUCAGUACACUAUAUAAUACUGCCCUGUACUUCAAUUUGAAAGUAUACACAAUAUCGAGUUACAGCUCUGCUUUAUAUUGUUUGAUAGCAGUGGCAUCCUUCUCUGCACAGAGUGGGUGACUUGGGGAAAUUGGAUCUUUACUUCCAGCAGCUCUCCUGUCCCUGAUUCACUGGAGUGCCAGAGCUGUCGUUUCCUCUGAAUUAUGCAUGGGCCCCUCUUCUUUCUCAUAUGAAGCGUUCCCGCAUUACAAAACACGCCUUUUUGAUUUUGCGCUUUAGGCCUGGUCGGUUUAGCCUCAGUAGCGAUGCUCUGUAACAGCAUAAGUUUCAUCGUUUUACGAGGCGUUGUCCCCUGAUAUUGGCAGGCAGUUUCUCUCUCCUUGGGUCUCUUGGUCUCUUUACCUCUCCUCUCCCCUGAGCUCAUUGCGAUGCACACGUUCUGCAGUCUAAGUGACCUUCAGGAAUACAUUUCAUCUGCUCCUGCUCCCCUCAUCGCCUGCCUUCACACACACGCAUACCAGCCCCUGUGAUGAAACUAGCCCUUUCUUUCGUUUAUUUUUUUAGACCCUCCCCUUUAAAAGCUCUCAUACAGACAGCCAUGGCAUAUUAAAGAGGAUGAAAGAGGGAGUGUCAAAGUGUGUUUGAAGGGUGCUAACAAUGUCAUGGGGUGUAACUCAACAGGGAGGGGGGGAGGAGGAAUGAGAGCACAAUUUAUGUGUUAGUGUGUAAUGUAAUGUGUGCAAGAGCGUAAGAAAAGUGCAUGAGUUAAUGUGUGUGUGUAUAUGUGCGUUAGAGAGAGAGAGAGAGAUACUAAGAGAGCCAGACGUGAAUACUGCAGCCUCAGCUGGAUGCAGUGGAUCAGCUGCUCCCUCCAUCCCCAUCUUAUUUCUCUCAUCCCCCCCAACCUCCCUCUACUGUCCGCCCCUCCCUGCUAUUCUCUCUCUCUCUCUCUCUCUCUCUCUCUCUCUCUCUCUCUCUCUCUCUCUCUCUCUCUCUCUCUCUCUCUCUCUCUCUCUCUCUCUGUGUGUGUGUGUGCACCUCUAGCUUCGGUAGCAGUAGUCUUGAGCAUCCUUGCUGCUGCCGAUGCUGCUAUAAAUAUCUGCUGGUAGCCGUAGAGCGGCAGAGAGCAGCAGGCAGGCAGGCCGGAGGGAGGAGCAGAAGACCACAGGACAGGACAGUGGGAAGGGGUCUGAAGCAAAGAGGAUAACAAGAUGACAGGCGGUCAAGCUCGGAAAAGAAGAAGGGUGGAGAAGAGAGGAGGGGAGCUCUUUAGUUAGCUUUAAAAAAUAGGAAGAGUGUGUGUUUUUGUGUGUGAAUGCAUUCUGUGGUUUGAUUGUUGACCUGGCUGGACUUGGAAGUCAAAUUUAGGUCUAAACUUUGCUUCGGACUAUAUCCAAACAAGCUACUGGAGCUGCACUGGGUUGAGCCGAGUCAAUAUUAGGACUCAACAGUGGAGACUGGAGCUGGACCUUCCUUCCCCGGCCUCUAAAAAACAGGCUUUGCAUGCGCCGGACCCAAACCGAACCCCAUCCGAACUCCAUCCAGGCUGCUGUUUGUUCAGUUUUGUGCUGACAUGCGGGCCGGCAUGGGCCGGGGCGGGGCUGAGAUGCCAUGCUCCUGUGUUGCUGGUGGUGCCUGAGGCCUGAGGCGGUGGAGCUUGACAGCAGGAGGGUGGACCACCGUGUGCUGAACUGCGAGGCCAGUGCCUCCACCGCCAUCACAGCUGUCUCCCUUGACCAGUGGGAGCCAGAAACCACCAACACUGCUUUGCAGCCCUCCCAGAGCGUGAAGAAUUCAAGCUAUGGUCUACCGUCCUACCACCCCUACAGCAACAGCUAUGACUACUCGGACCAGAGCAGGCAAAGCGAGCGCUCAGGCCUCUGUGGACUCUCCAACCUGGGCAACACGUGCUUCAUGAACUCUGCUGUGCAGUGUUUAAGCAAUAUCCCUCCACUGACGGAGUACUUCCUCAAAGACAAGUUCACAGAGGAGCUGAAUGAGGACAACCCGCUGGGCAUGAAGGGGGAGAUCGCCAGAGUCUACGCCGAGCUUAUCAAGCAGCUGUGGUCGGGCAAAUUCAGCUACGUCACCCCAAGGCCUUUCAAGACCCAGGUGGGCCGCUUCGCCCCACAGUUCUCGGGCUACCAACAGCAGGACUCUCAUGAGCUGCUGGCCUUUCUCCUGGAUGGCCUUCACGAAGACUUGAACCGCAUCAGGAAGAAGCCCUACAUCCAGCUGAAGGACGCUAACGGCAGGCCUGAUAAGGUGGUGGCGGAGGAGGCGUGGGAGAACCACAUCAAGAGAAACGACUCCAUCAUUGUGGACAUCUUCCACGGCCUUUUCAAGUCCACCCUGGUGUGUCCUGUGUGCGCCAAGGUCUCUGUGACCUUUGAUCCUUUCUGCUACUUGACCCUGCCCCUGCCCAUGAAGAAGGAGCGGACACUGGAGGUCUAUCUGGUCAGACUGGACCCUCUAGCCAAACCCACACAGUACAAGCUGACCGUGCCGAAGGUGGGCUACAUCUCAGACCUGUGUACCUCCCUCUCCAACCUGUCUGGGGUGCCUGCUGAGAAGAUGAUUGUAACUGACAUCUACAACCACCGUUUCCAUCGGAUCUUCGCCACCAACGAGAACCUCAGCAGCAUCAUGGAAAGAGAUGAUAUCUAUGUAUUUGAGUUGGCAGUGAACCGGGUGGAGGACACAGACCAUGUAGUGAUCCCAGUGCACCUGAGGGAGAAGUACAAACAGUCGGGCUACAACCACACCAGCACGCCGCUGUUCGGACAGCCCUUCCUCCUCGCCGUCCCGAGAACCCUCAGUGAAGACAAACUCUACAACAUGCUGCUCCUGCGCCUCUGCCGGUUUGUGCGAUCUUCAGUAGAGGAGGAUGAAGAGGAUUGUGAAGAGACACCGCCAUCCAAACCACACACUGUCAAUGGUAACGCCACUAAUGGACUUUUGGAAGAGGGGUCGCCGAGCGAGAUGGAGACCGAUGAGCAGGACGACGAGUCCAGUCAGGAUCAGGAGCUGCCCUCUGAGAACGACAACAGCCAGUCCGAGGACUCUGUGGACAACGAACUGGAGAACGGUGUAGUUGGUCCACAGAACUCCACCAAAGACCAGCAGACGGCCGGACACAACAGAAAGAGACUUUUUACAUUCCAGUUCAAUAACAUGGGAAAAACAGACUUUACCCUCAUCAAGGAGGACACCAGGCAGAUCCGCUUUGACGAGGGACACCUCCGACUCAGUGACCGCUCUUAUCUCUCCUUGGACUGGGAACCGGAGAUGAAGAAGAAGUACUUUGAUGAGACCGUUGUCGAGGACGUUGACAAGCAUGAGAGCAUGGAGUACAAGCCUCAGAAGAAGGCUUUCUUCAAGCUAAAGGACUGCAUUGAACUUUUUACUACAAAGGAAAAACUGGGAGCAGAGGACCCAUGGUACUGUCCAAACUGUAAGCAGCACCAACAGGCCACUAAGAAGCUGGACCUGUGGUGUCUGCCGCCGGUGCUGGUGGUCCACCUGAAACGCUUCUCCUACAGUCGUUACAUGAGGGAUAAACUGGACUCCCUUGUGGAUUUCCCUCUCAGAGACCUGGACAUGUCCGAGUUCCUGAUCAACCCCAAUGCUGGGCCCUGUCGCUAUGACCUCAUUGCUGUGUCCAACCACUAUGGCGGGAUGGGUGGAGGCCACUAUACGGCUUACGCCAAGAACAAAGACGACGGAAAGUGGUACAACUAUGACGACAGCAGCGUGUCUCCUGCCAACGAAGAUCAAAUAGUGUCCAAAGCAGGCUACGUGCUGUUCUACCAGCGCCAGGACACGGUGAAAGGCACCGGCUACUUUGCUCUUGACCGUGAGGAAGAGGAGGAGGAGGAGGAGGAGGAGGAGGAGGAUGAGGAGGAAGGAGAAGAUGAGGAGAACGAAGGCGAGGAGAGACAGGAGAGAAAGACCACCUCCUCUGCUCAGGGCUCGGCCGGUGCCGCCAUCGCCUCCAACUCCGCCGCAGCUCAGAGUGACGAGGAGGACCCGAACGAGAACCGGCGCAGGAAGAACGACAACGAGCAGGGAGAUGAAGAGGAGGAAGAGGAGCAGGCGCCCAUUCGAGACGUCACCAUGAAAACCAACUGAGGCAAAACGAGGACAUAAAUAAACGGCGAGAGAGACUAGGAUCUUUCCAUCCAAAGCCAUAUGGACACACAGCAUGGCAGCGGGCGCCACCAGUCCCACCCAGCGGCUCGGACUCGGCCGCUCCACAGGCUGAGCCGCUGCGGGGGCGGCGGCUGUUAGGUCAGGGAGCUGUCGUGGUACGCAACUCUAAGAAAUCAGGGCCCUCCUCUGUGGUUGGAUCACUGUGUGUGUGUAUAUGUGUGUAUAUGUGUGUAAGGUGUGUGUGAGUGUGUCGCCACGUUCAUUCGUUUAGGAUUUGCUCACCUGCUCUCUGAUAAGAGUGGAUGAAUAACAUUUGGGAUGGGGUUAGAGGCUUCACAGUACUGCGGUGUAGCGCUCUUAAUCGCUCUCUGCUUUUUGUGUUCCUUUGAUUUUUUUUUUUUUUUUUUUUCUUUCUUUUAUAUAUAUUUUUGAAAGCAAUGCAUUGUUGGCAUAUCAUUUUAUUAUCAUUUAGACCUUGUAAAUAUUUUAGACACUGAAUUAUAUCAGGUUUUCAUGAUGCGCUGAAACAUUGCUGAAAAACUUGCACAAUCACCAACCCUCCACCUUUUUUGUAUGUAUUAUUGCCAGACAUACUGCAGUUGUUUAACAAUAACAUCUCUCAGAUGGCUUUUCUCACGUAAAAAGCUUAAGAAGCUGCCUUUAUUAAGCUAGGCGUGAGACACGUGUAGAGUCUAGACUUAACAUAGAGAAGUGAUGCUCAUAAUUGGAUUUAUAAAGUGUCGUACAGCCAAACUGUCCUAGCUUUGUACUGCUGCUGCUACUGCUGUGAUCUUGCAUUUUUUAGACAGAUUAUUAGUGUAUCGGCAUGAACCAUAGCAAAUUAAGGUCCUGCUUUUGUUGUCCCUCUCUGGUCUCUUCUCUGUAGAUAAUUUAUAUUUCCUAAAAGCUAAAAUAAAGCAGGAUUAAGAAGUUAUCCAGCUAACUUUGCAAAAUAACAACUUUUGCACAUUUUAUUGUGCAAAAAUGAAUUAUUAAAAGCUGUUUCACUCUGUCUUAAUCAACUCAACAUAAUGUGCAGGGAUUGCAACAAAUAUCUGUUUAAAAGUUAGCUGGCUGACUCAUAGAUCCUACGCCACAAAUCUCCUCUUCAACUCUCCCUCUUUCAGUUAUUCAUAGGUGGUGCUUUUUCUCUGCUCUCUCUCUCU